AUGCUGGCUCGUCUGAGCGAAUCAAUGUGCAGACUGGGUGUGGUCGAUCAGGCCAUUCAAGUGAAAAGUGCCAAAGGCCUAGCAGCGAGCUUAGCUAGGAGCACUGUUGCACGAGCGAGCAGCAUCUCGACUCAGCUGCGCAUUGUCCGACCCACUCCGAAUAGAGCGCCUUCACAGACUUUGGACGCAGCAUACAGCUCGCGGCAUGCCAAUCCGCCGUCUGUGCAGCAUCAAGCUAGCACACGAUGGCGCCAAGGGCCAGCACCUAACAAGAAGAAGUCAAAGAAGAACAAGAAGAAGAACGCGGGCGCCAAGUCAGAUGCGCUCGAGGCGAGCAACACUGCCGAGCUAGAUCCUACGGAGUAUGACGAAUCGGCGGACUACAUGACAGACGAGACUGGCGCACACAUGCUCAACGGCGGCGCGAAGUCGGAUCUCACGUCUGCUGCUAAUCUAGCACUGCUCAACGGUCUGGGCGGCCAGCUGAACAAUUUCCAUAGCCAGGCAGCAACAGCUGCUGCUAUGGCCGCCUCAGUGGGACAAGGCCAGCAUCAACAAACCCAGGCGGAACUGCUUGCUACCGCGAAUGACCUCUAUCGACAGAUAGAGAGCGCCGCGGCUGCUGCUUUGGCGGGACAUCUCCCUCCCGGCAGCAAUGCCAGUGGCAAUGAGCGUGCGAGUAAUGGCACUGUUACCGAGACUGACGAUGCCUACUGGGUCUCUUUGCCAUCCCACCUGAGAUCUUUCAUACGGUCAGCUUUACCCCUCGCAGCAGGCUUAUCGGGCGGCCAGCAAGGUGGCAAUGCUACCGCAGGCACAGGCGCAAACGGCAAUCCCGGACUAUCGCUGACGCCAGAGCAAAUGGCUCAAGCCGCCGCUCAGCUGGCUCAGGUCGUGCAAAGCGGUCACUGGUCGAAUCCGAAUGGACCUGCGGCGGGCGCCAAAGGUGUCAAUGGGCCAACGACCACGAUCCCAUUGGGCUCCUUCACUCUGCCGUUGCCGUUACAGGCGCAUCCAGACAACGAAAGCGAAGGCAUAUUCGAGGGCGAGGAUGAGGAGGAGUAUGACGAGGAGGACGUCUACUUCUCCGAAGACGAUCUCGAGCCGACGAUUGCACCUCCGAGCAAUGGCCCGACAGAAGCUAGUAAGAAGAGCAAGAAGAAGAAAAAGAAGAACAAGUCUGCUCUUCCGUCGCUCGAGCCAAUACCUGCCCCGCCGGCUCCCGUGCAGCAGCCCAUACCUGCAAGUAGGCGACCGCAACCUCUUGCCGCAAAGUCUGCUGUACCCGUCGUGCCCACUGCGCCUGCUGCGCCAGUCGCGCGCGCGACGGGCAAAGGUAAGGGUACUGGGCUCAUCCCGGCACCCACACCACAAUCCUUCGAAGCGCCUCGGCAGCCUGUCAAGGCACCAGCGGCAGUCACGAAACAGCCUGCAGCCAAUAACACCAUGGCUACGAAGCAAAGACUUGCUAACGGCACAGCAACGUCGACUGCAGUCGGCGCGCCAGGAGCCAGUAUCGCCGCAGCAACGGGCGGCGAGCGAGAGAAGAUACGCGACUUUUGGCUCGGGCUCGGCGAACUCGAGCGCCGAUCGCUGGUGAGGGUGGAGAAAGAAGCGGUGCUGCGCAAGAUGAAGGAACAACAGCGUCAUGGCUGCACUUGCGCAGUCUGCGGUCGUAAGCGGACAGCCAUCGAGGAAGAACUCGAAGUUCUCUAUGAUGCCUACUAUGAAGAGCUCGAGCAAUAUGCACAUCAUCAAAGACGUUGGGCGUCUUCAGGCGGCACGAUAGCACCACCGCCUGGUCCAGGACCCUUUCCAGGCAGUGUUGAUUUGGAUAGGAUCAGGCCGCCGCCAACAGCCGAGCAGCAGCCAAAGGCGGAUGCUCUUGCGCUGCGCUCUCGAGGUAGCAAAGGUUAUGUGCCGCCUGCGCGAAAGCCGACAGGGAAGACGUCAGAUCACGUUCACAGUCCGUCUUGCCCACAUCAUCAUCAUCACCAUCAUCAUACUCAUGCAGAUACGCCCAACACUACAGCCAACCGAGGCAAAGGUACCGCUGCUAUUGAUCCCUGUGACUACGACGAGGAGGAAGACGAGGAGGAUUACGAUGAUGAGGACGAUGAGGAGGACUACGACGACGACGAGUACGACGAUGAGCAGGAUCUACCCCUGCCGCCGACUCAGACCGUCGCGCGUACCAACCAGCGUAAAUCGGUAGCUCCUCUAACACCACCUCCCAAGAGGUCCGCAAGGACAGCAGGCCAAGAUGGAGCACACGGCGAUCUUUUCGGCUUCGGCAAUAGUCUCACGGUCAAAGAAGGCGGAAUACUCAGCGUAGCUGAUGAUCUCCUCAAGAACGAUGGCCAGAAGUUCCUCGAGAUGAUGGAGUCUCUAGCAGAUAAGCGCAUUCAGCGCGAGCGCGACGCAGCCGAAUCUUUCAGCGCUAUGCUCGAUGGCGAUAUGGAAGACGAGUAUGACGAAGAAGAGGAUGAGGACGAGGAAGACGAGGAGGACUACGACGACGAGGAUGAAGAUGAUCUCGACGAAGAGGAAGCGACAGACCUCGAAGACGGUGCGAUGACUGAGGAUCAGCGCAUGGAAGAAGGACGUCGGAUGUUCCAGAUCUUCGCCGCUCGAAUGUUCGAGCAACGCGUGCUGCAAGCGUAUCGCGAAAAGGUCGCGCAAGAGCGUCAACAACAGCUUCUGCGCGAGCUCGAAGAGGAGGAUGCUGCUGCUGCUGAGCGAGAGGCCAAGAAAGCCAAAGAUGCUCAGAAGAAGAAGGACAAGAAGAAGGCGCAGAAGCAGCAGAAAGAAGACGAGAAGCUGCGACGCGAUGCGGAGAAGCUGGCAGAAACAGAAGCUGCCAAAGCUGCUGAGCGAAAGCGACAGGAGGAUGAGCGCAAACGUGCGGAAGAACAAAGGGCGAAGCGCGAAGCCGAACGCAAGGCAAAAGAGGCAGAAGCCAAUCGCAAGGAGGACGAGCGCCGAAAGCGUCUCGAGGAAGAAGCCAAGCGUCGUCGCGAGAAAGAGGACAAAGCCAAAGCCGAGCGUGAAGCAAAGCAGCUCAAAGAAAAGGAGGAGCGCGAAAAGAAGGCUCGAGAGGAUGCAGAACGCAAAGCCAAGCUCGAAGCCGAGCGCAAGGAGCGCGAAGAGGUUGCCCGGCUUGCUCAAGAGAAGGAAGAACGCGAGCGGUCUGCACAAAAGGCUGCUGCUGCCGCUGCGGCCGCGGCUGCUGCGGCUACGAAGACUCCUGCUCGGGGGCAGGCUUCGGCGGGUCGCACUUCGUCCAAAGCGACUGCAGCGCAGCCAAAGUCACCUCCCAACACGCGAGCAAACGCGCCCUCCGCUGCCAAGGCAGUGCCUGGCCUUGCCAAGGCGGUUCCGGGACGUGCGCCCAAUGCGGCAAAGCCAAGCGGUCAGGCUGCAAACCCAAUUGUACCGCCUGCUAUUGCCUCUUCAUCACCGCCUCGAGCUACGGCGCAGCCUACUGUCCGGACGCCAGGUCCACCCGGCUUUUCAAAUAGCGCGAUGCGCAUGCCGAGUGCUCCUGGACAGCCUCUUAGUAACGAUGCGCAUUUCGGGCAGAGGGUGCCGGCAGUCUCUGGUCCUCCUGGAGGUUUGUAUCAGCCUAUCGGCCUGCCACAAGCUGCCCGUACGCCAACCGGACCGCAGACGUCAUACAUGCUUUCGCCGGGCAUACAAGCUGGCAAUCCGAUCUCGCCGCACACGUCGAGCCGGGCGUUCUCAAGCUCGAUGACCAGCAUGCCUCCGUCGAGUACGCAAGCAAUGAACAGCUUCGGCCUGGCCAGUGGGCCAGCAGGUCCGCCGAGGAAUGCGGAGCAAGUGCCGCAACAACCAAGUCAAGCACAUCCAUACUUUAGCCAGACCACCUCACAGCUCGCCGCGCUAAAUCUCGGGUCUCAGCCUGUGAAUCGCAAAGUCAGCAAUGAGCCAGUCAUUGGCGCCAUCGGUGGUAGCGAGUCGAAACGAAUGCGCAGUGAGAAUGGGAUCGCUUUCGACCUGCUCGAUAGCGAGGCCAUUUUGCGGUCAGCCUCACCUCCGCCGAUCUUGAAUGGAGGCGCCUUGCUAGAAGACCUAGAAGAGCCGCUCGCAUCUCCUAGGCGGUCUGGGCCAUCUGCCACAAGUGCAGCAGCGCCAUUCUACUCCGGCGUCUUUGGCCCUCCGACUUCAACAUGGGGCUCGUCUGGCAUCAGCGCAAGUCGACCGAAUGGUAUUGCCCCGGGUCCAAGUGACAGCAUCUGGCGAGGUUCAGCACCAACGCCAUCUGCGCCAGUGUCCGCGCCUUCGCCGUGGACAGCCCCAGCAGGACCGGUUCAAGCCUCACCGCAGCUCUCUGGUCGCAAUGACAUUGUCGAUCGUGCCCACGCAGCUUACAUCCGUCUAGGCGAGAUCCUAGGUCAAUCAGGUCAAUACGUGCUCGCAGGCGACUUGCAUCGAGUCUAUUCCAACAUGUUUGGCGACGUCAGCUCUCUCGACAUCCGAGGUUUCGUGGACGCUUGCGUCGCCUCGCGCCAUUUUGCAUUCCAGCAAGAUGGUUCCCAGUCGGACGCCGGCUUGCCAGACCGAGGCGUCGGCGGAGGUAUCAUUCUGCUUCCUCAUCCUCGUCAUCAUCGUCCUCGUCCAUGGCAGGCUGUGUCUGCUGGGCCGGAGCGAGCAGACUGGCAGCUUUCUUGCGUUCGUGGCGUCGUUCUGCCUUUAGUCUCUCGUGCGCCGCCUGAGCCGCAGUCUCCUUCGCUCUUUCUGCUGGUCCGCAUGCAUCCUUCCAGACUGUCAGGACUCUAUCGAGUUCUGCGCGCGUUUGCUCCAGUGCUUGACGAAGAGAGGACAGGCCAUUGGCUUCUAUUGGCGUUGGACACCUGGAUGGCUGCCACUUUGAUGUUCGCGUGCUCGACGCCCCGCCGCAACGUCAACAGCAAGCGACCAGCAGAUCCCAUGGCAGACGAGGAGCCAGAUCUCUACGGUGAUCUAUAUGGAGGCGAUGAUGGAUCUGAAUUGCCCAACUCGCCAGUCAAGGCGGAACCGACUCCGUCUAGCUCAAAGGCGCCUGCAACCGCUCAGCAAGCCGAAGCGACACCUGUGACAUCCACAUCAUCUGGACACGCGAAUGCCUACGGUAUCAUGCCCAGUUAUGCUUCCUUCAAUAACAUGCCCGCCAAGGUUUCUGCGAUCCCUAGUUUCUCAUCAGACACGCCUCAAGUUCCUACCUCUGGCCGUGGUGGCUAUCAACCCGUCUCAGAUGCUCUUCCGCUCUUCCAAGGCUCGAGAAACGACGCGCCCGAGCAAGCUAUCCCUGUCCCCGCUUUUCAGGCCUCUAGAUCUCAGGACGCUGAGCAUACCGAUCGUCCGGGGGUUGGAGCGUACGGCUCCGCGCCAAUCGUAGGACAUACUGAUCCACAAGAGUUCGAAGAGGGCAAAAUGUUUAUAGGCGGCUUGAACUGGGAAACUACCGACGAGGCAUUGUGGAGCUACUUUGCGCGGUUCGGCAAGGUUACGCAAAGUCAGAUUAUGCGCGAUCCCAAUACUGGCCGGUCAAGAGGCUUUGCCUUCUUAUCCUUUGACAACUCCGCUUCCGUGGAUGAGGUACUUAGGCAAGACCACUGGCUGGAUAACAAGAACAUUGAUCCCAAGCGAGCCAUUCCGCGACCAGGCGCGCCUCGAUCUUCUGCCGGUGUACGUCCGCCGGAGACUCGACCCAACAAUCCAGUGCCGAAUUCAAAUGAAGAGACCAAACUCUUCGUCCGCGGCGUGCCGCAAGGUGCGACGCAACAACACUUUUACGAUCACUUUGCAAAGUUCGGACCAAUGGAGUCCUGUGUGCUCAUGUUCGAUCGAACCACUGGUCUCAAUCGAGGCUACGGCUUUGUCACGUAUGUCGACCCAAGCAUCAACGAUGACGUUCUACGCGCUGUGCCGCACGAGGUUCUGGGAUCUCAUAUCGACGUCAAGCGGUCCAUAGCUCGACCACAAUCGGGUGCGCAAUCCGCCGGUCGCAGCUACAACAAUGAUCAAUUUGGCGGUGGCGGCGGAUACAAUCAGAGGCCGGGACCACCUGCAUCCGGUCCCGCUUACGGCGCAAUGCCAGCAAUGCCAGUCAUGCCGGGAAUGCCAGGGAUGCUAGGCUCGUCUGGGAUGCCCAACCAGUUUGACCCUGUGGCUAUGGCGGCCUUCUUUAAGCAAAUGGGCUGGGCCAACUUCAAUCCGAUGAUGAUGAUGGGUGGCAUGCCGACUGGUUCAGCGAUGCCGAAUCAAGGCGGUAUGAUGCCCGGCAUGCCUGGGCAACCUGCCACUGGAGGUCAGUACGGCAAUCGCGCGGGCUCAAGCUCGAGCGCAGACAGAGAUUCGUCGAGUAACGCAGGAGGACCGGAGCGGAGCUCAAGAUCUGAUCAGCCUUCGAGGUGCGAGGUGCAACACGUCAUUGAGGACGCGCUCGUCGACGAUUUUGAAAUUAACGUGUCGACGAAUCUGUCUAAGAGGCUGCCUCCAGCUCGCGGUCGUCUGCCGUUGGAAUACCACGUUGACAGGUCAUCGCAGAGCGCAGAGGUCCCGGCAAUGAGCCCAGCUAGCUACGCAAAACCGGUUGUCGUCGCUCUGACGCCGGGCAAGAUGAAUGCUCCUCGAGAUGACUUCAGAUGCGCAUCACAGCCAGACAACGCCAACGAGAGCAGGCCUGACAUCUCAGACUUGCCCAUGUGUUCGCUCUCUAGUCCGUCGCCUCGUUCACCGGUGAAAAGCCUGCCAUCCAUCCAAUCAGCCCCUUUUGUUGACCCAGUCGUCGGGAUUGCCACCGAUGCACCCUUUGAGUCGACCAUGGACAACACAAGUCAGCCCGGCAUUGCCUUAGCACCUUAUAUGCGCAAUCUUCUGAGCGCGGACUUGCUGCCGAGACUCGAGAGGAGCAAUUCGACUGCAUCGUCGACAUCGUCAAUCCCGUCAGUCUCACCCGUUCUGCACCCGUCGAGCAACCUGGCGACUUCCUCCGAGUCAACAGAUGGACAAACAGCAGCUCAUCAAACGGUAAUGCCGCAUACGCCGCAUCGACACGACAGUUCGACCAAUCUAACACCUUUGCAAGCCAUAGAAGUGCCAAUAACGAGAUCUGCCCUCGCCCAGCUUGACACGAAUGCCAAUUCAGCGUUCAUGGUUCCUGCUCCGGCGAGUCAAAUAGCCCAUGCGGCGCUGAUACCAACCGACACCCGUGACGCGCUUAGCAUUCGAGAUCUGCCGGAGCACGAUGGUGCUCACGAGGCCGGCACGAUCUGGAUGGAAGGACUGAGUCCCCUAGAGAUCGCGCUUUGCAAGAUGGCGAGCCAGCACCAUCUGUCUGCAUACAAUCUCGCAAAACGUCAAGUCGCUCAACGUUCUGUUCAAGCAAGCAAUACUACCGUUCAGCAUUCCAUGAGGAGCUCGCAAAUUCAGCAAAGACUACCUGCAGCACCAGCACCAGUCUCUUCUGCUAUCAAAAUUGAGACUGUACAACGAGAGCUCGCGAGCAGUGCACCUACACCUCCUCCUCUCGACGCUAGUCGAACGCUAUACGAAGAGGAGCCCGCAACACAAUCGCUCGGCAAUCCUUCUCUGCCUGGCAAAGCAGCAGCAAGCAUUGCUACGAAUAUCGUGCCGCCUGUUUCGGUAGCCGCCUGGUCCCUGACUUCGAAGUUAUCUGAAGCUGUCACCUCCGUUCUCUGGCCGAGUGUGCAGCCCUCGCGCCCGCAUGCGUCCGGCUCAGCGGUGCCGAGCGCAUCAAGUCAAUCCUCGACCGAUGCAUACAGCGCCACAAUGUCUGCUCGAGACGUGCAUCAGCGCGGUAGAAACCAGCCCGUAAAGGCGGUGCAUCCGUCUUCCGUCAAGACGAGCCUGACGCAUCCUAUGAACAUUUCGCCUUUGAUUCCGCCAGAGACACAAGAUUUGCUGUCAAAGCACAUCUUUAUUUGUCAGGACAGGCCUCUCUCACCACCGGCUUCUCGGCCAACAUCGUUCGAAAAGCUAGCUGAGGCGAUGCGUACUCAAGCUGGUCGACCCGUCAUGCAACCUUACAUUGUCGAGACUAGUCUACCGUUGUCCAUAGACUUGUGGGACAUCACCGGUCCUGAGCCUGCUCUGGCCAUCGCGAAGCUCAGAUCGGUACCUAUGACGCCUUCUCAUUCGAAUGAUCAGAUCAGCCGACCGACUUCUGACGUACGAAGCUCGCCUACUGUAGUAUCUGACCCGAUGAAGAUGAAGACGAGCAAGAUUGGCAACUUCCUUUUGUCGUCUUGUCCCGGCAAGAAAGUUCGCUUGACGGCGGAGCCAGCAGGCACAAAGCCGAGCGGUCGGUCGGCCAUUUGUCGGGAUCUUUUUCAGGAUCUGCAGCGCGUCAAGCAGGCUGGCGCUCGAGCGCUGAUCUGCUGCCUUGACGACGUCGAGCUCGAAUUCUUGGGCAAUACUUGGCCAGAGUAUGCCUCGGCGGCCGGACAGCUGAACCUGGAAGUCAUCAGACUACCCAUGGCAGAAGGCUUUGCUCCUGCUUCGGUGCAAGAGCUCGAUACGAGUCUGGCUUAUAUCCUGCAAAAGUACUCGCUGCAGGGCUUCAGCGUACUGGCACACUGUCGCGGCGGCGUCGGACGAGCAGGUCUCGUCGCUUGUUGCUGGAUGCUAAAGCUCGGCAUUGUCAGCACGCAAGGCUUCUUGCCAGGCGAGAGUGAGCAAGACGCAACCAUACGCAUCCUCUCCAGAGUCAUCGAUGUCAUCCGACGACGUCGCAGUAUGAAAGCGAUCGAGACGCCUCAGCAAGUCGGCUUUGUGAUGGAAUACAUCAGCUAUCUUAGGACAAGCGCCGUACGCAAGACUGCGAACCAGCUCAAGGCAAAAUGA